AUGUCGUCGACAGAUGCUGUACCCCUGAAUGGCUCCACAAGGAAACCAUCCACCGCUCCCAAAUCAUCGCGACCGUUAUUCCCGCAGCCGCCUCCCUUGUCACUCGCUCUUUAUCCGCUGACUCUUCUAUUGGGCUCUUUGUACUCGUUGAUAUCUCCAACCGCAAGACCCCUUGCCAACGCAUCCUCUUCACCGGGCGUCGCGCCAGAUUCGGAUACAAACCCCGUCAAUUAUUUCGCGCGCAAGGGGAACAUCUUUAAUGUAUAUUUCGUCAAGGUUGGCUGGCUAUGGACUACGCUGGCUUUCAUAUCUUUGCUCUUAACGCAACCAGCGUUUAACAACAGACUUUUAUCUCCUGGCGCUCGACUGAAGAGGGUGGGACAAGCCACUGGCCGUUAUAUUCUGGUGACAAUAGCCUGGUGGCUGACAACGCAAUGGUUUUUCGGUCCCGGUAUUAUCGACCGUAGCUUUAUUGCUACUGGCGGUAGAUGUGAAAAGUCUAUCGCACCAGGGUCUACAGACUCAAUAUCUGAGUUGGCCGUGGUAUUGACAUCUACAGCUUGCAAGGCGUCAGGAGGUGCCUGGACAGGCGGCCAUGAUGUGAGCGGACACGUAUUCAUGCUUGUUCUUACAAGUGCUUUCUUAUUCUGUGAAUUGCAAGGAGCGUCGGUAGUAGAAGGCGAACUGGAAGAACCAAGAAACAAGCAUCAUGAGAUUGUGCAAAGGGCUUCGUCUGAAAGAUGGGGUCGGAAUUUCACCUUGGCUGUUGGUGGCCUCAGCUGGUGGAUGCUGCUCAUGACAGCAAUCUGGUUUCAUACUUGGCUGGAGAAAGUGACGGGCUUGAUACUCGCGAUUGGAACGGUAUACGUCGUAUACUUCCUUCCCCGAACACUUACCCCGUGGAGAAACAUUAUUGGUAUACCCGGUAGAUAA